CAGUCUUUGUUUUUGCUUAUUUGUGUUACCAAAAAUGGCGCUGCUGCGAUACAACUAUUCGUUUGCGGUUUUCCUUUUGAUUGCUGCACUCUGCGUCCCGUCGGCGCGGUCGUGGUGCUUCCCUCCUUCCGAGCGUCGAGCGCUGCGCACAGACCUCGAGCCGAUUCGCCUGGCUUCGGGCGGCUGGGACGGCGCGAUUGUCGACAACGUGUUGGCCACCAUUUUGCUCCAGGAAAAAUUGGGCAUUCCAGCCACAACUGUGAAUGUGGAUAAUCUGUCCGAUGAAGAAGUCGUUGAAAUGCUGAAUCGCGGCGAAGUCGACGCCUACCUCGAGCUGUGGGGACUGGACGAUGUGCUCGCCCCCUUCCUUGCCUCCCAGACUGUUCAAAACCUUGGCCCCCUUGGUUUUGUUGCUCGCUUGGGUUGGUACAUCCCCGACUAUGUGGCCAACAUUAGCCGCUCUAUGACCAGUUACGACGCGUACUACUUUGCCGAAACGGUCGAAAUCUUCCAGCGGGAAACCAUCAACUCGUCAACCUCGACUGCCGACACCAUGACUUCGUUGAGCGUGGCAAACUCCGUCGAUGACACCCUGAACAGCGAUGUGUGCAACCCAAGCAAUGGAUCCGCAACACUGCAAGACUGUCACGACGCCCUCUCCGCCCUGGUCGAGCAGGUGCGCGAAACCAACCGCUUGCAAGAAAACAACACUCAGCUCAUCACCUUCUGGACGCCUCCGGCGUACUGGUUGCCGUUGGACGCGACCAUUGCUCGGAAUCUUGGCCUUCCGUUCAACGUGACCGACAUUCCCAUGAUUCCUGAAGAUGGCAACGAUGUUGAGGGCGCGAUUGUGCGCAAUGUUCACGCGGCGUAUGCAGCCCGCAAGCCCUUCAUUACGUACUUUUACAAGCCCCACUCCAUCUUCUCGUCCAUCUCUGGCGUUGGGCUUCGUCGAGUCUCGCUCCCCGAGUACACCGAAGAGUGCGCGGCUUUGGGCGACGGAUACAACUGCGACUACCCCUCGGAAAUUGUCAAGAAGGUGGCCUGGGCGGGAUUGAAGCGGAAAAACUCGGUCGCGCAUUCCUUCCUGUCCCAGUUGACCUUCUCCGAGUACGCCCAGCAGGACAUUGUUGCUGCGUAUGUGUACCAGAACAGGACCUUCGAAGAGGCCACCUGUGCAUGGUUGCUGGACAACCGCGCGGCGUGGGAGAGCUUGUUGCCCGACCCAAACACGCUCAUCACGCCAGCAUCGACGUCCUCAGCUGCCCGCGUCGCCCUGUUUGUUCUCGCUGGCCUUAUUGUCCUGCUUUGCAUGAUCAUGGGACUGAUGACCUGGCAUUUCCGCCGCAUCCGCAUCAUCCAGUCGGCCAGCCCCACGUACUUGCUGCUCAUCUUGUUUGGCGCCGUCAUGUCCAUGCUCUGGAUCUUCCUGGACUAUUCGGAUGACCCAAGCACCGCCCAGUGCACGGCGCGUGUCUGGAUGCGCCAUCUGGGCUUUAGCAUCAUGUUCACGGCGCUCUUCCUCAAGACAUACCGAAUUGCGCGCGUGUUCAAGGCCACCGUCACCAAGUCCACACCCCUGAAUGAUCUUCGCUUGUUCUACCACUUCUUGCAGAUGAAUGUGGUUAUGGUUGUCGUUCUCGUCAUCUGGACCAUUGUCAAUCCUCCGCAUGCCGACCAGCUCAUCUCGGGAAACGAAAGCUACUUGGUGUGCGUCAUUUCUUGGUGGGACAAUGCCAUCUACAUUGCGGAGGUCGGCUGUCUCGUCGGACUUGCCGUGGUCUGCUUCAACGUUCGCAAGGCGCCCUCCGCGUUCAACGAGUCCAAGUUUAUUGCCCUGUCUGUCUAUAACUGGAUUGUGGUCGCCGUCAUCUUGCAAAUCAUCCUGCGUGCCACGACCGGCAAUGCCACAUUCUUCUUCAUUAUCGAGGCGCUCGAGAUCUUGCUGACAGUCCCGAUCAUUGUCGGUCUGCUUUUGGUGCCCAAGCUCUACCUGACGCUCAAAGGAAAGGGUGGCGAGGUGAGCACGAGCAGCUACCGCGCUGCGUCCACGCCUCGUCCCCAUCAGUCUGGCGAUCGCUCGUCCGCCAAGAGGCAGGACAUUGAAAUGUCCUCUGGCAACGGCUCCGAUAGCGUCGAGCAACACACCAGCCAGAAGCAGAGCAGCUCGAUGGGGCCUGUUCCUGCAACCAGCAGCAAAGCCGAUCAGAAGGAGCUCCGAGCGCUGCGCACCGAAAAUGCUCGCUUGCUCAAGGAGUCGGAAGCAAUGCGCCUCCAACUGUUGCGUAUGAACAAUCCGCACAUGUCGGAGUGAGCGGUGCCUUUCCAAAGAAUGCCCGCAGGCGGAUGGAAGCAUUGGAAGGCCCCGCUCGGCCAGAGUGUACAUUGUUUGUUGACGUUGGAUUGUUUUUUGACUUUUCUUUGUUUUGUUGUUUUGUUUCGGCUCGUUUCAAGAGGAGAUUUUCAUUGUUAUAGUUGCUGCUGUUUGUUUGCUAUUGCUGAUUGAACAUUAUAGAUGCGUUUUUUUCU